CCAAGAUUCAUGGCUUCCCCUUCCCAUCUAAUGCUUCAGUCUACCUUAUUAUUUGUUCUUAUAUUUUUCAAAUGCAUAUUUCUUGGAGUACAGUCUCAGUCUGGGACCUUAAGUAUUGUUACAGAUAAGGAAGCCUUGAUCUCAUUCAAGUCAGGAAUAAGCCUAGAGGCUCCCAACCUUUUAUCUUCUUGGGACCAAAACAACUCAUCACCCUGCAAUUGGACUGGAGUUGUGUGCAACAAGCCUGGCCAGAGAGUGGUUGGGCUUGAUCUUUCAGGUUUUGCACUUAAAGGUUCCAUUAGCCCUCAUAUUGGCAACCUCUCCUUCCUACGUUCCCUUCAACUUGGGCAAAACCAGUUCACAGGUAUGCUACCUAAUCAAAUUGGCAAUCUUUUCCGUUUGACAGUUCUUAACAUGAGCUCCAACAGGCUAGAAGGUGUGCUACCCUCAAGUAUAAGCCAAUUGACUGAGCUCCGAGUCCUUGACUUGUCUAUAAACAAGAAUAUCACAGGAAGAAUUCCUGAGGAGCUUAGCAACUUGACAAAGCUAGAAGUUUUGAAGUUGGCAAGAAACUAUCUUUAUGGAUCACUUCCACAAGCUAUAGGUAACCUUUCCUCACUCACAAAUUUAAACUUGGGCACCAACACUCUUAGUGGUGCUAUACCUAGUGAAUUAGGCCACCUUCAAAAUUUGAAGGAACUUGAUCUUACUAUUAAUAAUUUUUCUAGCACCAUUCCUCCAUCAAUAUACAAUAUUUCCUCUCUAGUUUCUUUGGCCUUAGCUUCAAACAACCUAUGGGGUGAAAUUCCUGGGGAUAUUGGGAUUAGACUACCAAAUCUUUUAGUUUUCAACUUCUGCAUUAAUAAGUUCACAGGCAAAAUUCCAUGGUCUAUACACAAUCUAACAAACAUAAAGGUCAUACGCAUGGCAGACAACCUUCUAGAAGGGACAGUACCACCAGGCCUAGGAAAUCUACCAUUUCUUGAAAUGUACAAUAUUGGUUUUAAUAAGAUUGUCAGUGAUGACGGUCUUAGUUUCAUUACUUCUUUGAAAAAUAGCACUCAUCUCAGCUUCCUUGCAAUUGAUGGCAACCAUUUUGAGGGUGUGAUUCCAGAAUCAAUAGGCAAUCUUUCUAAGGCUCUCUCAAAGUUGUACAUGGGAGGAAAUAGCUUUAAUGGUAACAUACCCAACUCCAUUAGUCAUCUUAGUGGCCUGGCUUUGUUAAAUUUGAGCUACAAUUCACUUUCUGGUGGAAUCCCACCUGAAAUAGGCCAUUUAAAGGAACUGCAAAUAUUGGGUUUGGCAGGAAAUCAAUUAUCUGGUAGAAUUCCAAAUUCCCUAGGUAAUCUCCAAAAGUUAAACGAAAUUGAUUUAUCAGGGAAUAGGUUGGUGGGCAAUAUACCACCUACUUUUGGGAACUUUCAGAAACUUCUUUCCAUGGACUUAUCCAACAACAAGUUUAAUGGGAACCUAACUAGAGAAUUUUUCAAUCUCCCAAGUUUGAGCACUAUUUUGAACCUGUCAAAGAACCUUCUAAGUGGACCUUUUCCUGAAGAAGUUUCUCUUCUAAAAAAUGUUGUUACCAUUGACCUUUCUAACAACCUUUUUUUUGGUAAUAUCUCCGAUUCAAUCGGAGAGUGUAGGAGCUUGGAGAAAUUAUUUUUAGCCAGAAACUUACUUUCAGGUCCUAUUCCUAGUACUUUAGAAGAAGUGAAAGGCCUUGACACUCUAGAUCUCUCUUCCAACCAACUUUCUGGCUCCAUUCCUGUUGAACUAGAAAAGCUACAAGUCCUUCAGUCCUUGAACCUAUCUUUCAAUAAUUUGGAAGGAGUAGUUCCCACAGGUGGAGUUUUUGGAAAUUCCUCUAUAGUCCAUUUGGAAGGAAACCCAAAGCUUUGUUUGCAUUUGGCAUGUGUCAAAACUCAAAGCAAUGGAAGAAAGGUAGCAAAACAUGUUGUUAUUACCAGUAUCCUGGUAUCAUUUGCCCUAUGCUUUAUACUUGGCUCACUGUUCUACUUAAAGAGAAGUAAAGCAAAGAUUACAAGUACUUCUGAAUUGGUUAAAGGACAACAUCAAAUGGUCUCAUACAAUGACCUUCGUCAAGCAACUGGAAACUUCAACCAAGAAAACUUUCUUGGAAAUGGGAGUUUUGGGUCUGUAUAUAAAGGCAAUCUAAGGCAAGGAAUUGUGGCAGUUAAGGUCCUUGACACUGAGAGGACGAGUUCUUGGAAGAGUUUUCUUGCAGAGUGUGAAGCUCUGAGGAAUGUUAGGCACCGGAAUCUUGUUAGACUGAUCACAUCAUGCUCUAGCAUAGACUUCAAGAACAUGAAAUUUCUCGCUCUGGUUUAUGAAUAUCUGAGUAAUGGCAGCUUAGAGGACUGGAUCAAUGGUAAGAGGAAGAAUGCAAAUGGGGAUGCGUUGAAUGUUGUGGCGAGAUUGAAUGUGGCCAUUGAUGUUGCCUGUGCAUUAGAUUACUUGCACCAUGACUGUGAAGUUCCAGUGGUGCAUUGUGAUUUGAAGCCCAGCAACAUUCUUUUGGGUGAAGACAUGACUGCCAAGGUUGGAGACUUUGGGCUAGCAAGGUUGCUGAUGCAAAGAACAGACAUUGAACAUUCUAUUAGCCGUACAAAUGUUCUAAAGGGUUCCAUAGGAUACAUACCUCCAGAGUACGGCAUGGGGGAGAAACCAUCAACUGCUGGAGAUGUAUACAGCUUUGGUGUAAUGCUGCUAGAGCUCUUUACCGGGAAAAGACCAACACAUGAGAGCUUCAUUGGAGACCUAAACCUAAUCAAAUGGGUGCAAUCAGCUUUCCCUGCCAACAUAAUGCAAGUACUCGACCCAGAGAUGCUACAACUUAUGAGCAGCCUUUAUCAUAAUGACCAACCCAUAAGCCCUGAUGUUCAACAUGGUUGCCUGAUCACAAUCCUCGGGGUAGGGUUAUCUUGCACAGUUGAAUCUUCUGAUGCUCGCAUUAGCAUGAGGAGUGCUCUCCAAAAUUUGAAGUCUGCAAGAGACACCCUUUUUAAACCAGCUCCCAUUGAGAAUACCGAAUCGAAUGAUAUCUGUUAGAACUAAGUUCAUGAUGAGUAUGUAUGUGUCACGUUCUUGAGUACCGUAUGCUAAAUUCUAGAGUUUAUCAAAAAUAAGCAAAAUUCUAGAUCUUUGUAUUCUCUAUAAUUUUCUUUAUCUUUAGCAGGGUUGUCAUUGUUAGAAAUUAUCAAAAUAUACUUUGUCUUUCACUUCAUGUGUGAAUCUUUUGUAAAGAAAUCACACAUCUCUAUGAUUUGAUGAUGAGUCGUCUGUUGAAAUAAAGAAAACCGUUGAU